AGACUUAAUGACAUGUGGAUGUUGGACCUGACAAGCCUUGAUUUUACAUUAUGGCAAGAAGUAAGAACAUGGCUUUCUAUAUUGUACAUAAUUAAAUUGACGUUAUUUAUACUGGAUAGUUCUAUCAGUUCUAAACUGUUUUUCCUAGAGGUCCAGUAAGGAUCAUCUCUUAUUGAUCCAGUGUUACUACAGGAGGAAACCUAAACUAAACUGACUUUAUUUAUACUGGAUAGCUCUAUCAGUUCUAAAUUGUUCUUCCUAGAGGUCCAGUAAGGAUCAUCUCUAAUUGAUCCAGUGUUACUACAGGAGGAAACCUAAACUAAACUAACUUUAUUUAUACUUGAUAUAGCUCUAUCAGUUCCUUAUGAUCCUUACUGAACCUCUAGGAAGAACAGUUUAGAACUGAUAGAGUUAUGCAGUAUAAAUAAAGUUAGUUUAGUUUACGUUUUCUCCUGUAGUAACACUGGAUAAAUAAGAGAUGAUCCUUACUCGACCUCUCGGGAGAUCAGUUUAGAACUGAUAGAGUUAUCCAGUAUAAAUAAAGUUAGUUUAGUUUAGGUUUCCUCCUGUAGUAACACUGGAUCAAUAAGAGAUGAUCCUUACUGGACCUCUAGGAAGAACAGUUUAGAACUGACAGAGCUAUCCAGUAUGAAUAAAGUUAGUUUAGUUUAAGUUUCCUCCUGUAGUAACACUGGAUCAUUAAGAGAUGAUCCUUACUGCACCUCUAGAGAGAACAAUGUAGAACUGACAGAGCUAUCCAGUAUGAAUAAAGUUAGUUUAGUUUAGGAUUCCUCCUGUAGUAACACUGGAUCAAUCCUUCCUGUACCUCUAGGGAGAACAGUUUAGAACAAGUCUAUAAUGGAUAGUUUAGUUUAUAUGGUUAACACGUAAUAGGAUAGAGUCUCCAGAAUUAUUGUCAGAAAGUGUCCCCCCCCCCCCCACGCGCGCGCUCACUUUCAUUCGCCGUGCCAGCCAUGCCCCGCCUAUAUUUUCGACAGUAGUAGAUUGCAGCAUUUAUCUAAUAUGUUUGUAAUAACUAUCCAGGUUCGUCAGAUUGGCGAAGGUCCGCCGACGUGCUGUAAUUUUCCCGUGACUAUCGCACGUGACACAAUGUUUGUGUUCUCUGGUCAAAGUGGAGCAAAGAUCACCAAUGAUCUCUUUCAAUUUCACUUCGAUACAAGACAGUAAGCUUCAAAAUCAUUUGUUGUUUUCCGUUGUGAUGUAUAGAGUACAUUCAUCAAGUAGCAGACUUACGUUCAAACAAACAAACAAACAAACAAACAAACAAACAAACAAACAAACAAACAAACAAACAAACAAACAAACAAACAAACAAACAAACAAAUAAACAAACAAACAAACAAACAAACAAACAAACAAACAAACAAACAAACAAACAAACAAACAAACAAACAAACAAACAAACAAACAAACAAACAAACAAACAAACAAACAAACAAACAAACAAACAAACAAACAAACAAACAAACAAGCAAGCAAGCAAACAAACAAACCAGGGCUCGAAAUAACGGCCGAUCAACGAUCAAUGAUCGGCAGGAAAUUGUUUUUGAUCGGUGAAGAAUCAACGUUGCCGUUCACCGUUCACGAUCGGCAAGAAAUAUAUUUGAGCAUUGUCUGAAAGACAUGCUUACCUGUACACGGUAAAAGACAAAUAAAAGUAAUAUAAAACACAUUUAAAAACACGCGAAAAGCUCUUGUAUAGUUGAUACGAGUCAUACGACAGGAAAGGCAGCAAUACUAUUCUCGCUCUAAAGUAAUUAAUUUACUUUUAUUAAAACAUAUUUACGCGAAAUGUGUUGUCGUCUUUUCAACAGUAAAGUCUGCAAUCCGAACCGCUGACGACGAACGUAUCUUUGUAUAAUAAUUUCAAAUUGAUAGGAUUUUUUGAGUAGGAUUUUCUCUUUUAAUAUAAAAUAAUAAGUUUUAGUUCUUAAUUGAUAAUGCUGCUGUGUUUCUUGCUUUUGUGUGAAAAAAUGCAGUGGUAUAAUUAAAACUUGAAAAGUGUUAUAAUAAAAUAAAGUUUAUUAAGCACUAGUUAAAUAUAGUUACACUAUUAGUAGUGUAUAAGUCCACAAAUGUCAUAGAUUUAAACUUCAAUUUGAAAUAAAGUUAAACUUCAAAUGUGUAUUCAAUGCCCACUGGCAUAUUUAGAAUUUUUUGAAGGAAAUGAGGGUAAAUGCUCCUGAUCGGCCAGAUUUUUAUUUGAUCGGCAAAAAGUCCUCAUUGCCGAUCACCAUGAUCGGGAACGUUGCGAACGUUAUUUCGAGCCCUGCAAACUAACAUUAUGUACAAACGUUCGAAGUCGUUCCGAGUGUUUUAUGUAAAUUUCCGACUAUUGCUACUUAAGAUUGUUAAAAGAAAGAUAAAUACUUUUAAUGCGCAAAUAAAGUUUAGUAAUGCGUAUUUUGGACUGAAUGCAAAAAUGUAUUUAUAUUAAUUUAAUUUUGUUUUCUGAUAUUGUCCUUCUCGGGAAAAUUUCAAACUAUUUUAUUUUGAUAUUUGCUGUGUCGGUGUAAUGUACUCAGGUGAAUAAAAUGCUUGCGAUGUUACUCUGAGUGUAUAUCCACACCGGGCAGGCUUGAAAAAUAUGCCUGGCCACGGUGGGAAUCGAACCUACGACCUUUGCAAUGCUAGCCCAAUGCUCUGCCAACUGAGCUACGCGGUCAGGUCGGUUCGAGUAUGUGAUAUUUCGGAACUGAGUCUAGUCCCUUCGACAUCAGUGUAAUCUAAUAAUCAUGAUAUUUGCUGUGUUGGUGUAAUGUACUCAGGUGAAUAAGAUGCUUUGUUACUCUGAGUACACUCUCUGUAUAUCCACACCGGGCAGGCUUGAAAAAUAUGCCUGGCCACGGUGGGACCUACGAAACACGCCUCCCAAUUUUCGACAAUCGUUGCCCAAAAUGGGUUAGUAUUCCAAAGGUCGUAACCUUUGGAAUACUAACCCAUUUUGGGCAACGAUUGUCGAAAAUUGGGAGGCGUGUUUCGUUUUAGUAUCUCAUUGCGACAAAUACAGCUGUAGCCACCUUGUGCGACAACAGUGCGAUAGUCUUUGUAAUGUAAUCCACUAUCCGUGCAAUUGCUCAUGUAUAUCUGAAGCUUAAAGCACAACUGCGUUAAUUUUAUGUUCCAUUCUUCAGAAGAACUCGCUCAGAGAUGGAAUCAAAUUAUUUUAUCAACCUGAUACUUAUAUUUGCUGUGAACGUAUUCUUCUUUUUCUCAGGAAUAUGUUUAAAUUCCUUGGUCAUACUCAGUUUCUGGAGAUCCGUACAACUUCGAAAGAAAUUAUGUUAUUUCAUGAUAAUGGUUUUGUCCUGUUGCGAUUUGCUCGCGGUUAUAACCAAUACUCCAUUGAUGGCGCUUAUCACGAUGUCAUGGUUGUCUGGCAAGUUGGAUGUAAAUGCUAGAUGGCCUCAUAUUGCCAUAAACUCGACCAUCACAUUCUUUGUUUUUUCAUUAUUCGCUCUUUUGGUAAUGAAUUUCGAUCGAUAUUUGGCGACAUCUUAUCCUAUCUUUCAUCGAACGUCGGUAACGAAGGGAAGACUUUUAGCUCUUCUUGCAAUACUGAUCAUCGUCGAAGUAAUUUUGAGAGCGAUGUCUGUAAACGAUUUUCUAAUUUCCAACCAAGGGCAUGCUGUAAUUUUUUCCAUUCUUUUCAUUCCUCCAAUGUUAUUUAUCAACUACAAACUGUUUCUAGUCGUCAGGAAAAGUCGUAAAAGCAAAGGAAUAUCACCCGAUAUGAAAAAGACGUUCUCUUUGAAAAACAUAUCGAGUUGCUUGCUAGUAGUCGCUUUUGUUGUGGUGUUAUCCAUUCCAUUGGGCGUGUACAUUGGACUUAGAAUACAUUCGACAGAAGCAGCACAUACUCUGGAUAAUGCAAACCUUGCACAGCUCUGGGCUAAAACCAUGUCCUUGGUGAAUUGUACAUUUAACUGUUUAAUCUUUUACUGGAAAAACAAAGUUUUACGUACGGAAGGAUGGAAAGUUGUGAAAAGCAUUAAAGUAUGUCGACGGCUUCAAUCCUAGCUGCACUUAUAACCCUUCUUCCAAACACCUUAACGUUCAAAGGAAACUCGUUGCAUUUCAGGACUUAAAUUUUCCUUAUACUAUUUUCUCAUGGCUUAUCUAACAAUAUCUUGGUCAUAGUAAAUGUGAAUACAACGAACUCUAAACUCGUAUAAGUAAUAUAAGCCAUGAAGUAAAUCAAAAUAUUAUUGAAAUUAGAAACAUGAAAAAAUUCAUGCAGUGAAGAAAAAUUUUUGCAUGACUUAGGAACUCAAUCUUGGGAGCAUGUCUACUUUUUUGCACACAAUCCUAGCACUAUGUGGGAAAUUUGAAAGGACUUACUUUGCUUGGUAAAUAUAAUCAACCAACUAAAGUAAAUGAAUUAAACGUAAAUGAUAUGAAAUUGACUAGCCCCAAUGAUAUUGCUGAGGGCUUCAAUACUUUCUUUUCAAAUAUUCAUUGGACCAAAUUUAGCUGAAAAAGUUGGUUCAACAGAAUGCCAUUUUGAAGACUACCUUGACAAAACUAAUUCUGAAUUUACUGCAUUCAAAUCAGUUUCUGUAAACCAUGUUUGUCUAUUACUACGUGAACUAUCUGGUAGCAAAGCUACUGGCCUGGAUAAAAUAUCAAGCAAGAUAAUUAAUAUUACAGCACCAUUGAUUUCUGAUUCAUUGACUUACGUUUUUAAUCAAACAAUUGCCCUAUGUAUUUUUCCACAUGAGUGAAAGAUUGCAAGAGUAAUUCCCCUUUUCAAGAACGGCAAACGAAACUUGCCAGGAAAUUAUCGAGCAAUUUCUGUCUUGCCUGCCAUUAGUAAAGUUAUGGAGCGCAUCUUACAUACUCAACUUUAUGAAUAUUUGACUGCAAACAACUUACUCUCUGAAAUGGUUUCAGAAAAUUUCAUUCAACUGCAUCAGCGCUACUUGAUUGUACAAAUGAUUGGUACAUUAACAUGGACAGACAAUUGUUCAAUUUCAGAACCAUCCUCAGAGAUACGAAAAACUAGUUUCAUAUUAAUCUGACACUGCAAUCGAGCAACGAGAAAUUCGUUGGCUCGAGCGGGAUUUGAACUCGCAUCUUCGGGUAUCUAGACCGCCGCUCUACCUAUUGAGCUAUCGAGUCAACAGGGAUUGGUAGCGAGUCUUAUCCAAUUUAAGUGCACGAAAUAUUUGCGUGACGACUUAACGCUUGUCUUGGAGGACGCGCAGUGUUUCAAUUCUAUUUCAGAACCAUCCUCAGAGAUACGAAAAACUAGUUUCAUAUUAAUCCGUUGCUCGAUUGCAGUGUCAGAUUAAUAUGAAACUAGUUUUUCGCAUCUCUGAGGAUGGUUCUGAAAUAGAAUUGAAACACUGCGCGUCCUCUAAGACAAGCGUUAAGUCGUCACGGAAAUAUUUCGUGCUCUUAAAUUGGAUAAGACUCGCUAUACCAAUCCCCGUUCACUCGAUAGCUCAAUAGGUAGAGCGGCGGUCUAGGUACCCGAAGAUGCGAGUUCAAAUCCCGCUCGAGCCAACGAAUUUUUCGUUGCUCGAUUGCAGUGUCAGAUUAAUAUGAAACAAUUAUUCAAUUUGGUUGUAUUUGUAGACCUAAAAAAAGCCUUUGAUACUGUUGACGAUGAAAUCUUAAUUAGAAAAACUAAUGCAUAUUGGAAUCACAGGAAAUGCAUUGUUACUGCUUUAAAAGUCGUAUUUAACUUAUCGUACACAAAGAUGUGAGGUUAACGGCUCAAUUUCAAGUGAAAAUGGUUGAAAAUGGUAUAAAAUGUGGUGUUGCCCAUGGGUCUAUACUAGGGCCACUGUUUUUUCUGCUAUAUAUUAAUGAUUUACCUGCAUGUCUAAAUUAGACAAAACCGCGGCUGUUUGCUGAUGACAGUCGUGACACUAAUAUCACAUCAGCAGCUGUUGAGUGUUUAACCGAUAUUGAAAAUGCAGUAAAUUCGGAUUUAGAAACUCUUCGGAAAUGGCUCACGGCAAACAAACUGAGCUUGAACGUAGCGAAAACCGAAUUUCAAAUUAUUGGAACUAAACCAUUACUAAAAAAGCAACUGCAGUUUCUCAAUGCAAAACAUUAGGUGUGACUCUUGAUGGAAGUCUUUGUUGGAAAAGUAAAUACAGAUACAAUAUGUAAGAAGAUAUCAUCUGGGAUUUUUGCUCUCAAGCACAUUAAAGAGUUUGUUGAUCAGAAAACACUCAUAUCGGUGUACAAUGCUAUAAUUCAACCACAUUUCAGCUACUGUUGUGAAGUUUGGAAUGUAUUUGGCGAAACUCGAUCAAUACUUUUACAAAAACUUCAUAAGAGAGCUGCACGUGUUAUAGCACAUGUGCCAAAUGAAGAGUUAGAUCAACAAACGGUACUGAAUAUAUUAGGAUGGGAAGCGCUCAAACAACAAAGAGUAAAAGCCAACGCAAAACUUAUGUUUAGGGCGCUCAGUGACAUGAGACCAAAUUCGCUUAAAGUGCCUAUAUAUCAUGGUUUUGGAGUUUGCAUAUCUCGAAAGUUUAGGGUAUUUGAAGACACUUUGCAAUAUAUUCUGUUAUUAAAAAAUUUUAUCUUGAUGGAUUUAUUAGCUUUUAACGUUUCCGGACAUGACGUCAAAAGGAGAAUUGCAAAUCAGUUUUCCUUUGUAUCAUUGCAACAAAAUUUUCCUUUUGACGUCAUGUCCGGUAACUUUAAGAGCUAAUAAAUCCAUCAAGAUGAAAUUUUUCAAUAACAAAAUAUUUUGCAAAGUGUCUUAAAAUACCCUAAACUUUCGAGAUAUGCAAACUCCAAAACCAUGAUACCUUAGGCACUUUAAAGAAUUAUUUACUUUCAAAACGGAAAUAUUAAACCACAAUCUUCGUGAUAACUCGAGUUCGAUACGUUUGCCAAAGCCAAAUACGAACGAUAUGAAGAAGAGUUUUAUGUAUACGAUGGAGCUUCUAUCUGGAACUCCAUACCACAAUAUAUAAGAGAAAGUAAAUCGAUUUCAUGUUUUAAAAGAAAAAUCGCUACCCUUACCUUUUGAAAUAACAUGAUUCAUAAAUCUUGUAAAUAGAUACUUUUUGAAUUUUUUAUCUAUAUCUGCAUGCUUAUUCUCUAUUCUUUUCAUUAUACUUGUAACUAUUUGUAAAUAUUUUACACGCCCAUUGUGGAAACCAGCUUCAGCUGACAAUGUUAGCGUGGUUAAAUAAAGUUAUCAUCAUUUAUCAUCAUCAUCAUAUACAGGUUGUGUCAAAAAAAUAGCUGACCAGUUUUGGCAUGUUAUUUUGCAUUAAAUAUUGCUUAUAUAGAUGUAAUUUUACACACUUUAAUAAUAGAAUUUUACUCUAAGAUAAAAGCGACUAUAUAUUGUAUUCACGCUUGAGCAUUCUAGUAUACGCCGUAUUUGUUUAAUUAAACUGCUGCGUUAUUUUAUUUGCUGUGUUGGUGUAAUGUACUCAGGUGAAUAUAAGAUGCUUGUGAUGUUACUCUGAGUGUAUAUCCACACCGGGCAAGCUUGAAAAAUAUGCCUGACUACGGUGGGAAUCGAACCUACGACCUUUGGAACACCAGCCCAAUACUCUGCCAACUGAGCUACGCGGUCGGGUAGGUUCGAGUAUGUGAUAUUUCGGAACUGAGUCUAGUUCCUUCGAUAUCAGUGUAAUCUAAUAAUCAUGAUAUUUGCUGUGUUGGUGUAAUGUACUCAGGUGAAUAGGAUGCUUGUGUGAUGUUACUCUGAGUGCAUAUCCACACCGGGCAGGCCUGAGUACAUUACACCAACACAGCAAAUAUCAUGAUUAUUAGAUUGCAUUGAUAUCGAAGGAACUAGACUCGGUUCCGAAAUAUCACAUACUCGAACCGACCUGACCGCGUAGCUCAGUUGGAAGAGCAUUGGGCUAGUAUUCCAAAGGUCGUGGGUUCGAAUCCCGCCGUGGCCAGGCAUAUUUUUCAAGCCUGCCCGGUGUGGAUAUGCACUCAGAGUAACAUCACAAGAAUGCUACAUUAUUUUAAUCAUCUUGUAAGAUUGUUUAAGAGAAAGAUAAGUAAUUUUAAUGCGCAAAUAAAGUUUACUAAUGUAGCUAUACAUCGGAUCGAUUACAAAAAUGUAGAUAUAUUAAUUUAAUUUUGUUUGAUGAUGUCGCCUUUCUCGGAAAAAAUUCAAACCAUUUUAUUUUGGGCAACGAUUGUCGAAAAUUGGGAGGCGUGUUUCGUUUUAAUAUCUCAUUGCCACAAAUUGAAAGCAGGUGUAGCCACCUUGUAUGACAGCGAUGCGAUAGUAUCUAUUUACGUAAUAUUUAAAUCACGAGCGGGUGUGCUUCAUCAGAUAUACAUUACAUGUAAUUUUUACGCGCCGCAGGUUUGCCAUUGCAAAUGCGGUGGUGUCAGGUAACGAAGUUUAUUAUUAGCAUGACAAAAUUACUGGAUGCUGAUUGGUUGAGAGGAGUACAAUUAUUUCAUUAAUUGUACUGCAUUACAAUUAAUGAUUUUCCCAAAACAAACAAAAUGGCGGAAAGGUAUUUUAAACACAAUUGUGAAAUGAAAUUACACUAGAGGAACACGACGAAAAUAUGAACAAAAGCACCAAAUUUUGCUUGAACAAAAGAACUAAAUGAAAAUACAAACAAAAGCACCAAAUUUUUGGUUGAAAGUCUGGCAGGACUGGGCUUUGGCGACAGAAUGUGAUGUUGACAUUGAGAAGUACGUAUCCAAUUUUGUUGUCAUGCCAAUAAUAAACAAGUAAUCAUGCGAUGUUGCUCGUACAAUUAGGGAUUAAUAGUACUCGUGAUGUUUGGGAAUUUGUCAAAUUGUAUACUCGCCCCGGCGGCUCGUACAAUUUUGGCAAAAUUUCCAAACAUCACUCGUACUAUUCAUCCCAAAUUGUACUCGCCAUCGCAUGAUUACGUAUACAAAUGUACUUCGUUACUGUACUUGAGCACUAUUUUUGAGAAGUGAGCAUGUAACAAAGUAAACUUUUUUCUGGAGUGCUUUUACUUGGAACGAGGUCGUUUUAAGAUGUAACGUUUUACUUCGUUAUUUUCAUUUUGUGGCGAAGUGUUUCGUUACUUUCUCACAUUUGUUUACUGUCGUUCAAAUUGAAGUGUUGCUCAAAUAUUGAUUCAAUACAUUACCUCGGGCUGACCAAUUCAUUUGAUCAAGUUCCUCGAGGCUCGAGAUAUUCAUAUACUUCCUGUGAAAGAGCCAAUUCCAAGUAUUUGAUCAUUUCUGGCCACUUCCUUUCUAUUUAUGAUUGGUUAGUUGCCCAAACAACAAAGGUGAUUGGUGCAUUCAAACUAUUCAACAGGAAGUUUACAAUUAUACUAGGAAAUGUAUGAAUAUCUCGAGGAACUUGAUGAAAUGAAUUGGUCAGCCCGAGGUAAUGUAUUGAAUCAAUAUUUGAGCAACACUUCAAUUGGAACGACAGUAAUUUUACGUUAUUUGUUCCCGAUUUAUUUUAAUUUUGGGAUAGGGAGCCAAAGUCACCCAAUCGUAUAUUAGUAUACCAUACAGGCACUACCAUACAGUGAUGCAACACUCUACAAUAGUUUACCAUUUGAGAUAAGAAAAUCUUCUUCGGUAGCAUCAUUCAAAAUAAGAACAUAUCAAUACUUUUUACAAACAAUUUAAAAGGAGUCGUAUGUAAUCUAUUGUAUAUAGCAUAUAUCUUUAUUUUCCCACGUAACCUAAUAUAUUUUUUUGUUCGUUAAUAGUCAUAGUUAUAGAAGGCCCAGUGUAAGAUUAGCUAUGCUGAACUGGUUUUGUAAUACCUUCUUUACUGUCGUUCCAAUUGAAGUGUUGCUGAAAUAUUGAUUCAAUACAUUACCUCGGGCUGACCAAUUCAUUUGAUCAAGUUCCUCGAGAUAUUCAUACACUUCCUGUGAAAGAGCCAAUUCCAAGUAUUUGAUCAUUUCUGGUCACUUCCUUUCUAUUUAUGAUUGGUUAGUUGCACAAACAACCAAAGGAUCAUGAUUGGUGCAUUCAAACUAUUCAACAGGAAGUUUACAAUUAUACUAGGAAGUGUAUGAAUAUCUCGAGGAACUUGAUGAAAUGAAUUGGUCAGCCGGAGGUAAUGUAUUGAAUCGAUAUUUCAGCAACACUUCAAUUGGAACAACAGUAAAUAAGUCUAUUAUUAUUAUUUAUUAUUUAUGAUUUAUUAUUAGUAGUAUACCAUGCAUUACAAGUUCACAGUCCUAUUGCAAUAUGCAAUAUGCUAUUAAUAAGCCCAAAAAGUUCAAUAUUUUCCACAAGUCCGUUACCAAAUUUACCAAUUAGGUCUUGCUACAUGUUCGGCUAUGCAUUUAGUUUCAUUUAAAGAGAAAUGGCAAUAUAUUUUUUUAUUUUCUAAUUUGAAAGAACUUUUAAGACUCUAUAUAUAAUACUAAUUUACCGUUCUUUCAUAUCUUGCUUACUUCUACAAAUAUGAAAUCUGCUGUGUUGGUGUAAUGUACUCAGGUGAAUAAGAUGUUUGUAUGAUGUUACUCUGAGUGUAUAUCUACACCGGGCAGGCCUGAAAAAUAUGCCUGGCCACCGCGGGAUUCGAACCUACGACCUUUGGAAUACUAGCCCAAUGCUCUUCCAACUGAGCUACGCGGUCAGAACGGUUCGAGUAAGCGAUAUUUCGGAACUGAGUCUAGUUCCUUCGAUAUCAGUGUAAUCUAAUAUUUAUGAAAUCUGCUGUGUUGGUGUAAUGUACCCCUGCCCGGUGUGGAUAUACACUCAGAGUAAUAUCACACAAACAUCUUAUUCACCUGAGUACAAUACACCAACACAGCAGAUUUCAUAAAUAUUAGAUUACACUGAUAUCGAAGGAACUAGACUCAGUUCCGAAAUAUCGCUUACUCGAACCGUCCUGACCGCGUAGCUCAGUUGGAAGAGCAUUGGGCUAGUAUUCCAAAGGUCGUAGGUUCGAAUCCCGCCGUGGCCAGGCAUAUUUUUCAAGCCUGCCCGGUGUGGAUAUACACUUAUAAGUAAUAUCAUGAAAUGAGGAGUAUUAGUCAUUAAACCACCCGCUCGACGAGGGUCAUGACUAAUACUCCUCAUUUCAUGAUAUUACUUUGUAAUAUUAUUUUUGCGUGAAUUUCACCCAAAUCAGUGUUCAGACACUGUCAAUGAUGUCGGCCGAGCGUUAUAAGACGUUCUGUACUGAAGAGAAUGUUGUGGCUUGUCGGGGCUUGUGUUUUUCAGUGCAUAAUUUUCACACAAACAUUCUACAAAUAUUUUGAUCGAAAGGAAUGAAAUGUCCGCCAUCUUGAAUUUUUGUAGAUAUGCAUGUGACGUCACAACAGGGGUCACGCAAUAUUUUUAUCUAGGCAACCAGUAAUCAUUUUGCACUCAAAACUAUACUCUGUUUGCCUUUCGAAAUAUCAAGAUCACUCAAAACCUUUAAAACAUCUACCAAUCAAUAUUUCGUCAGCAACGAAUGCUUUUAUAUGGUUAAUCCCGGUUGUGACGUCACCAAAACUACCGUUGAUGAGAUCAAUCGAAGAUGGCGGACAUCUCAUUACUUCAAGUGAAAAUAUUUCAAGAACUAAGCAAGAUAUGAAAAAUCGAAGUUCAUAUAUAAUUUUAAAAAAGUUUUUUCAAAUGAGAAAAUAAAAAUUUAUAUUGCCAUUCCCCUUUAAGCUAUUUUAAACAAAAUGUAUUUGUUUCUGACCUUGCUGUUCUCGGCAAAAUUUCAAACCAUUUUAUCUUACAACAUUGCCGAAAACUGGGAAGUAUGUUUUGUUUUAAAAGUAUGUCAUUGCCACAAAUUGAAGGCAGGUGUAGGCACCUUGUGUGACCUCAACGCGAUAGUUGUUUCGAGCUGGAUUAGCAUAAAUAUUACCUAUAUAUGCAUGUCAUUUACACAUUUCAGAGUUCAGUACUCAGUAGUCUUAAUUUAGAUGCCAUACUUUAAAACACAACUGCGUUAAUUUUACGCUCUGCUCGCGUCAGAAGAACUCGCACGAAGAUGGAAUCGAAUUAUUCUAUCAAUCUGAUAUUCAUGUUUGCUGUGAACGUAUUCUUCUUUUUCUCAGGAAUAUGUUUAAAUUCCUUGGUCAUACUCAGUUUCUGGAGAUCUGUACAACUUCGAAAGAAAUUAUGUUAUUUCAUGAUAAUGGUUUUGUCCUGUUGCGAUUUGUUCGCGGUUAUAACUAAUAGUCCAAUCAUGGCCUCUGUCGUAAUGCUAUGGUUGACGGGAAAGUUGGAUGUAAAUGCUAGAUGGGUUCAUAUUUCCAUAAAUUCGACCACUACUUUCUUUGUUUUUUCAGUAUCCGCUCUUUUGGUAUUGAAUUUUGAUCGAUAUUUGGCGACAUCUUAUCCUAUCUUUCAUCGAACAUCGGUAACGAAGGGAAGACUCUUAACUCUUCUUGCAAUACUGAUCAUCGUCGAAGUAAUUUUGAGAGCGAUGUCUGUAAACGAUUUUGUUAUUUCCAAACAAGUGCAUGACGUUAUUAUUUGUAUUCUUCUCAUUCCUCCAAUGUUAUUUAUCAACUACAAACUGUUUCUAGUCGUCAGGAAAAGUCAUAAAAACAAAAGAAUGUCACCCGAUAUGAAAAAGACGUUCUCUUUGAAAAACGUAUCGAGUUGCUUGCUCGUAGUCGCUUGUGUUGUGCUGUUAUCCAUUCCAUUGGCCGUCUACAUUGGACUUAGAAUACAUUCGACAGAAACAGCAUAUACUUUGGAUAAUGCAAACCUUUCGGUGUUCUGGGCUAGAACCAUGGCCUUGAUGAAUUGUACAUUUAACUGUUUAAUCUUUUACUGGAAAAACAAAGUUUUACGUACGGAAGGAUGGAAAGUUGUGAAAAGCAUUAAAGUAUGUCGACGGUUUCAAUCCUAGCUGCACUUAUGAUCUUUCUUCAAAAAAAAACUUAGCGUUUGAAGGAAACUCGUUGCAUUUCAGGAUUUUAAUUUUUCCUUAUGCUGUUUUCUCACGGCUUAUCUAACAAUAUCUUAGUCAUAGUAAAUGUGAAUACAACGAACUCAUAGACUCAUAGGUUGUGUCAAAAAUAGCUGACCAGUUUUGGCGUGUUGUUUUGCGAAGUAUUGUGUAUAUGGUAUAGAUUUAAUUAUACACACUUUAGUAGCCUAAUAAAAUUUUACUGCAAGACGAAAGCGACUAUAUAUUGUAUUCGCUUGAGCAUUCUAGUAGCCUAUAUAUACGCCGAUUUAUUUAAACUGCUAUACGUUAUUUUUAUCAUAUUCAUAGCUCAUAACGACGCCAAUAUAUAGUUAAACGUUCGAAGUCGUUCCGAGUGUUUUAUGUGAAUAUAUAUACUGAUUAUUGCUACUUACCUGUAAGAAUUGUUGAAAGAAACAUAAAUAAUUUUAAUGCGCAAAUAAAGUUUACUAUAAUGUUUGCUUUGGACCGAUUACAAAAAUGUAUUUCUUUUCUUUUUUUUUUAUAAAUUAAUUUUGUUUUCUGAUGUUGCCGCGUUCUCGGAAAAAUUUCAAACCAUUUUAUUUGGGGCAACGAUUGUCGAAAAUUGGGAGGCGUGUUUCGUUUUAAUAUCCCAUUACCACAAAUUGAAAGCAGGUGUAUGGCCCAACUUGUUUGAGAGCAAUGCGAUAUAGUCUUUUGAACCGCUCCGUUAUCGCUGUAAUUGCUCUAUCAAUCUGAUAUUCAUAUUUGCAUAUUUGGUGUGCAUGAACGUAUUCCUACUUUUCUCUGAAAUAUAUGCAUGUUUACAUUUUUUGGCCAUAAUCGGAGGUGUGUACAAAUUCGAAUGAAAAUAUGUUAUUUCAUGAUAAUGGUUUUGCAUGUGCACAUUGCAUGGUUAUAUAGAAUAUAGUGACCGCGAGUAUGAGUAGUUUGGGAAACAAAACGCCAACGCUUUUGACAAAGACGGCUAUAGACCAUAGAUAUCUUAUAUACACUAGAUAGUGCAUCUAAUUAUUCUGCAAUUCAAAAAUUGAAGCCGUGAUUGCAGUCUCAGGUCGUUCCCAUGAAAUCAGAAGACUCGUAUGUUUUCUAUUUCUUAAACAGGGAACCUAGGUUGUUUACCAUUUACAUGGAAAUUCCGGUGAUUCCAUACGGAAAGUAAAUGGAAGAAGCAUGUUUCGACGGCCCAACCGGAACUUUUCCGGAAUAAACGGUUUGUUUGAAAAGGUUGUCCUCUCUAACCGAUUGGAAAUUUUCAACCGGUAAAUGUUGUUCCAUUUACAUUUUUAAAUUUUUUCACCAGUUCCAGGCUCUUCGCGAUUUAACAAUUGAAAUUAUUAAAUGGAAAGCGAAUAAUCCGAAUGGGAUUUUCUAUCCGAAAUUUUGCUUACCAUUAGCACAAUUUCAAACCCGUUGGGUUUUACAUGUAAAUGGUAAACAACCCUAAACAUUAAGUUAACCCUAUUCCAAAUACAUUUUUAAACUAUUCAAAUGAUGAAAGUUAUUGUUGUUUUUAAGCGUUUAUUAGCGAGUGGGAACGACCAACAUGGCCGCCAUAUAUUCAAAUGGGAAUAACCGCUGGAAUAUUCUUGCUUGGCUUCAAUUUUACUAAAAGAGAUGCGCUAUCUAGUGUAUAUAAGAUAUCUAUGCUAUAGACCCUUUGCACUGACGUCACAAAUCUUUAGAGUGUCCUCCGGAUGCUUCCUAACAAUAUCUGUUCGGGUACAGCAACCACAUACAGCGCAAAAAUUAACCAUUUUAAUAUAAAAUUAUUAUAAACUUUUGCAAAAUUUACUUUGUUUACAAAAGUUAUAUUAUGCAUAGAUUGCUAAUUUGUCCUCCAGAUGCAUCGUCGCCGACGCUGUGACGUCAUGUGCAAAGGGUCUAUAAAUUAUAUUCAUGGAUUAAGCCUUACAAUACACAUUAAUUUUUAUUCGAACUGCUAUUUACGUACUAUUUAAAAGUUAAAACACGGGCAGGUGUGCUUUAUCAGAUAUAUAUAAUUACGUGCAAUUUAUCAGAUAUAUAUUACAUGUAAUAUUGACGAAGGGCAUAUUGCGAAAAACUAUGAUAUUAAUGUUGACACUUGAUACGAAUAUCACUAGACCAAAAAACUAGCCAAGAAGCAAUGCUCUAUGUACUAUUUAAAAAACGAGCAGGAGUGUUUUAUUAGGUUUAAAGCCACGAGCGCGCAGCGCGAGUGGCUUUAGACGUAAUAAAACACGACCUGCGAGUUUUUUAAAUGGCUUCAAAAACGUUUGCAUAAUAAGUCAAAUCUUUAUAUAAAAAUCUUUAUAUAAAAAUCUUUACAUAUAGUUUGCAUAACAAUGGUCUUUUGUUAAAGUGUUCUUUAGCUAGUAUAAAGACGUAUGCACGUGACUAAUUUCUUACUCAAGAUUGGAUAAUUGCUUCAUGAAUUAUUAAUGAGUUUUUGAAUGAUAUAUGAAAUAAGAAAGAUAGGUCACCGAGUUCAUUUCUUACAUAAAGACAAUUUUGUGGCUAAAAUAAGCAGGUUUUAUAUCUUCGCCAGGUUGCCAUGGCAACACAGUGACGUUGCAAAAACCGAGUUAACCUUUAUCAUAGAUUAAGUAAGGACGGAUGUGUAAGUUCAGUAAAAAAGUUGUCCCAUGUUCAAGUGGAAUAAACAUGUUGAUUAUAUCUACAAAAGAGCUUGUAUAAGAAGUUAUAUUCCCUCCGCGUACUUUGUAGAGCUUGGCGUUGAGCAAAGGAAUAUACUAAAAGUAUCUAACUACUAUCAGACCCGUAUUGGAAUAUGCUGUUCCAAUAUGGCAAGCGAUCCCUGACUAUUUAAGUGAAAGGAUAGAAUCAAUAAAGACAAGGGCACUUCAGAUCAUCUUCCCUUCCAUAGAUAAUUAUAAUGAGGCGAUGAUGAUGGCACAGAUACCAACAUUGGAGAGCAGACGCGAACUGUUAUGUAAAAAAUAUACGACUAAAAUGAAGAAAGAGGAUCAUCCCCUGCAUUUUAUGCUCCCAAAACAUAAGAUGAGGGAAUGCAGGUAUAGCCUACGAAAUGGACAAGACAAUACUAUUUUAUUUAAGAACACAACUAAAUGCAGAACUUUAAGAUCUGAACAAUUAUUUACUUUUAAAUAUUUCUAAUGUUUAUACAUAGUUUUAACAACUGUAUGUAUUUAUGUAAAUAUAGUUUUAGUAUAAUACUUUGGAGUCGUUAAUUCAGUGUAAAUAUACUGCAAGAGAGUUUCAAUAAACAUCAAAUAUAAUAUAUCUUCCAUUUGGUUGUUAAUUACCUUUGGAGUAUAGAAGAGAUUCGAAAGACACGAUUUUUUUAUUCAAACACAGACUAGGCUUAAUAGUUCUAGAUCAUCCCUCCCUACAACAGUGCUCUGCCCAAUAUCGUGUAAUUACCCGUAACUUUUCUUCCCUGAAUUACAAGACACAGCGAGCAACUCAAAAUUACAUAAAAUACUCCUAUUUCCACCUGAAACUUACUACCACUAGAUAUCAAAAGUUCAACAAACUUGGUAACUUUUAAAAAAGCUAUCUCAGACUAUUAUACGAUGAAACUUGAUUCUUAUAUUCUUCCAGACGAAAGACGUACUUACUAAUUUUAGACUAAUUACUGUAAUAUAUUCCACUAAUUUAAUAUUUUAUCAUGUUUUUUAGCCAUCAGGAUUUUGAUGUCAAUUGGGGCUUUGCCCUAUUUGUUUCUCCUGUUGUCACUGUAAAGCUGAUAAAUAAUUCAAUAAAUUCAAAUACAUAAAUUUUUCAGCGUGUUUUUUUCCAUAAUUUUGCAGUCGGCAAAACUGAAAAUUGGUAUUGUUGCUAGGCAACAUUUUCUUGUUAUUGUGUAAUGAGAAUAUACUUUUUAAUCGCGUUAAAAAUAUUGUUUUCACCACUCGAAGAUAAAAGUCGUAUCUUCGCGCCGCCGUAUAAUAUCCUCUCUAUAUACAUACAAACUAAAUUAAAAUGAUUCCGUGUUUUGUUUAGAUGGCGACGUAUAUCUAACGCUCAUAUCUUGCGAGGUUCCCCACCCUCUCCUCAGCGGCGUUAUGGUCACACGAUGGUUGCCCACGAGUCGUAUCUGUAUGUGUUUGGUGGAACUGCCGAUAAUAUACUACCCAAUGAUUUAUACUGGUAUGUUUUAAGAGCCAUUGCAGUUGAUGUUCAAUUAAAGUAUAACUGAUAGGACUAUCCAGUAUAAAUAAAGUUAGUUUAGUUUAGGUUUCCUCCUGUAAUAAUACUGGAUCAAUAAGAGAUGAUCCUUACUGUACCUCUAGGAAGAACUGAUAGAACUAUCCAGUAUAAAUAAAGUUAGUUUAUAGUUUAGGUUUCCUCCAGUUGUAAUACUGCAUCAAUAAGAGAUGAUCCUUACUGGACCUCUUGGAAGAACAGUUUAGAACUGAUCGCGCUAUCCAGUAUAAAUAAAGUUAGUUUAGUUUAGGUUUCCUGUUCAUAUUCACCUUCAAUUAAUGGGUAACUGAAAACCAAACUAAAAUAGAGAGUACGUUGUUUUCUUAAAUAGUUAUGAUCUUGACGACCAAACAUGGCAUAUUGUUGAAGUUUCCGAAGAUAGUCAGGUAAUUAUCUAGAGUUUUUAAUCGCUUUUAGCGUCUCCAUUACUCAAGAUAGCAUUCAAACACGACUUUUUCCAAAAAUUUACUGAAUUAUUAAAACCUCUAAAUGUUUUACUAAAAAACCUCAUUACUAAAAUUUUUCCAAAAGUGGCGAAAUUUUACCGAUGGUAAAAUAGUUUACCAAAUCUGGUCACAAUGUUAAAAUAUUUUUCUCUAUUUUUAGGUUCCUCAUGGCAGGCUGUUCCAUGCUGCUGACGUCAUUGAUGACGCAAUGUAUAUUUUUGGCGGGACUCUGGACAACAACAUCCGAAAUGGGGAAAUGUAUCGUUUUCAAGUAAGGCUAUUUUUAAAGGGAGGAGUGAAUGCAAAUUAAGUUUGUCAGAUUUGAUAGAACUUAUAGAGCUAUCCAGCAUGAAUAAAGUUAGUUUCCUCCUUUAGCAACACUGGAUAAAUAAGAGAUAACGUUACUGGACUUCUAGGGAGAACAGUUUAGAACUGAUAGAGCUAUCCAGUAUAAAUAAAGUUAGUUUAGUGUAGGUUUCUUCCUGUAGUAACACUGGAUCAAUAAGAGAUGAUCCUUACUGGACCUCUAGGGAGAACAGUUUCGAACUGAUAGAGCUAUCCAGUAUAAAUAAAGUUAGUUUAGUGUAGGUUUCUUCCUGUAGUAACACUGGAUCAAUAAGAGAUGAUCCUUACUGGACCUCUAGGGAGAACAGUUUAGAACUGAUAGAGCUAUCCAGUAUAAAUAAAGUUAGUUUAGUGUAGGUUUCUUCCUGUAAUAACACUGGAUCAAUAAGAGAUGAUCCUUACUGGACCUCUAGAGAGAACAGUUUAGAACUGAUAGAGCUAUGCAGUAUAAAUAAAGUUAGUUUAGUUUAGGUUUCCUCCUGUAGUAACACUGGAUCAAUAAGAGAUGAUCCUUACUGGACGUCUAGGGAGAACAGUUUAGAACUGAUAGAGCUAUCCAGUAUGAAUAAAGUUAGUUUAAUGAUGUAUAUUUUUAUAGUUCUCUAGUUAUCCAAGAUGUACUUUGCGAGAUGAUUUUGGAAGAUUACUUGAUAGCAAACAAUUUUGUGACCUCACAUUUAUCGUUGGAAAGGUAAUAAAGCUUUCAUAAGGAAAAUUUCAUCCCACUUAACGGAGAUUCCACCUAGAUCAAUGUUAGGAUUAGCAUUUCGAUUAAGGGUAUUGUAAUUGUAGACCCAUUACAAGCCAAUACCUCUGCGUCAAUACUUUAUUGCAUACAAUUGCUUUACAACGACAAUGGAUUAUUGAUUACAACGUGCGGAACGGCUGAAUAUUAUUAUUUCGUAUUAUACAGGAAGAUACUGAAAUAGAUGCUCACACAACCGUCGUGGCAUGUCGUUCAAGCUGGCUCAAAAAGAAAAUCGAACAAGUUAAAAAGGUAUCAACUUUUAUUAAAAUAAUGAACAUGCAUGAGAUGGUCAAAAGGCUUCUGUGUAGUCCAAUUGAAUGUUCCGUAUGAAAUUUGGAUCGCCUUAAUUCAAGCUCUGUUUCAACACAAUCGAAGUCAAGUUUAAAUCCAGUUCAGUGAAAAUCCAAUCUAAAAGUAGUGUCCAAUGCAGUUAGUGAAAAUCUCGUCUAAAUCUAAUCUAAAUUUAAUCAAAAUCCAAUCAAAUCCAACUCAAAUAUCCUCUAAAUCCAAUCCAAAUCUCAUCUAAAUUUAAUCAAAUCUCGUCUAAAUCUAAUGCAGUUAAAGUCUAACCGAAAUCUGCUCUAAACUCCAAUCAACAUCUCAUCUAAAUUCAAUCAAACUCUAGUCUUUAUCCUGUCCGAAUACAGUCUAAAUCUAAUGUAGUUAAAAUCUAAAUCUGAUGAAAAUCUUGUUUAAAUCCAUUCCAGUCUGAUCAUGUUCAAGUGCAAUUUAACCCAGCCCAAAACCACCUUGUAUUUACCAUGUACUUGUCCUUUGAAUAUAGCUCGAGACUAAUUCGUCGGACACGUCAAGUGAAAAACUUAAGAUAACCAUCGAUGAUGUCCAGCCUGAAGCUUUCUUGAUUGCCUUGAGGUUCAUGUACACCGAUUCCAUAUACGCCCUUGUCAAAGGUAUAGUUUCAGUUUAAGCGCAGUUACUGUCGUUCCAAUUGAAGUGUUGCUCAAAUAUUGAUUCAAUACAUUACCUCAGGCUGACCAAUUCAUUUGAUCAAGUUCCUCGAGAUAUUCAUACACUUCCUGUGAAAGAGCCAAUUCCAAGAAUUUGAUCAUUUCUGGUCACUUCCUUUCUAUUUAUGAUUGGUUAGUUGCACAAACAACAAAGGUGAUUGGUGCAUUCAAACUAUUCAACAGGAAGUUUACAAUUAUACUAGGAAGUGUGUGAAUAUUUCGAGGAACUUGAUCAAAUGAAUUGGUCAGCCCGAGGUAAUGUAUUGAAUCAAUAUUUGAGCAACACUUCGAGAAAGUGCCUAUGUCAGUUUGUAUAGACAGUAUAGUCAUAUGGGGGUGAGGUAUUAAUUGGGACGUCAGUCCUGUUCCACAUUCCAGUCACUUGUAUAGUCUUGUAGCAUGUUAUAUAUAUUGUCUAUCAGUGUCUUUGUAAAUAUUGUGACAAAUUUAAUAAUAAUAAUAAUUUACUGAUGUCAAUGUAAAUGUAGCACUUUCUCCUCAAUUAUUUUACAGGUAAACUACGUGAAGCGUUCCUCCUUUGAGUUUCCAAAUUGAUUGCAAUUUUCCUCAUUACUUUUGCAAUUUAAAAAACUCCCUUGCAAAUCCCUUGAGGGAAUUUGCAAUGUUGCAAAGGCAAAAAAAAUUUCCUCAGUUCCUGUUAGAAGUUCUUAACUUCCUGUUACAAGUUCCUAACUUCCUGUUCUGUUCUGUUCUGGGCGUUGCAAUUGGCUAACAAAAAUAAUCCACCAAUAACAAUGCUCAGAACAGAACAAGAAGUCAGGAAAUUAAAACAGGAAGUUAGGAAAAUUUAAAAUGAAGUUUGGAAUAUUGCAACAGCCGAUAGGAACAUUGCAAAUUCCCUCAAGGGAUUUGCAAAGAGUUUUUCAAAUUUGCAAAGCUAAUGAGGAAAAUUCCAAAUGAGUUACGAAGUCAAAAGAGGAACGCUUCACGUAGUUUACCUGUAAGACCUUGAGUAGAGGUCCGACCAAGGAUUGCACCCGGUUUCCCAAGCCUGAAAGGCAAGCGUGGCGACUACGAUACCAUCACGAGUGCUGGGUUUUCGUAUGGUGCACAAAUAAUGAAUGUUUAUGAGUGCAAUGGUAAUUUCAUGAGGUGAAAAGAUGGAAUUUUUCAUUCCAGGAAGCGACAGCCGAGUUAUCGUACUGUCAGACAAACCAUAGUCAGUGUGGAUUAUAACGGUCGGCAGUCGGCUAUUUGCCAAACAAAAACACCGAGUGACCGAUCAAUUUCAUUCUGCACGGACAUUUUGACCGAUCAAAUAAAAGAGACGAUGUUCAUUUUAAUUGAAAGUAGCUUAUGUAAAAAGUACUGUUUGAAAAGCAUACUAUACCUAGUAGUGUACCAUGCAAUCAAAUAUUUGGAUGAAAAAAGCAUUCAGAGGAAACAUUGUCAUUGAGCUUCUCUUUUGGCAAAUACUCUCUCAAGUGACAGAAUCUCGAUCGUAAGUCUAUAGCGUUUCCAAUACUCACUACUUACAAAAAGAUGUUUUAUUUUUUCGUAAAAAUGGUUGAAAUAGUUGGCCGACCAUUCUUUUUCAAUGUCCGAGCAACAAUCUUGUUGAUCGGACAUUUGUCAGACCUAAGCAAAAACGUUAUAAUCCACACUGACCAUAGUGGACAAACACAUACACACAGACAGAUAACAUACAGAUACAUACAAACGCCGAUGAUAAUAAUGUUCUGCUGUGUUUCUAGAUGUUCCAGAACUCGAAGUGAUUCGUAUCAUCAUGGAUGUUUAUUGUGUUGCGUUAAAGGUGGACUAUCUUUUAUACUGUCUUGUAGUUCCAGACUGUCGCAUCAGUUCCUUAAUAUUUAGAUCUUCUGUUUCCCAAACUCCCUCUAUCUGUUCUUUGGUCUUUCCCGCCAUCUGUCAUACCCAGCUCCAUAAUGUCUGUGACUGGCUCUCCUUCAUCUCUUCUUAUUACGUAUCCAUAACCCCUCAAUUUCCCACCUUCUCUGCAAUAUCUAACCCCCCCCCCCCCAAUUUCUGAUCUCUUCAUUCCAUAAUCUCUCUGACCAGCUCUCCUUCAUCUCUUCUUAUCACAUGUCCAUACCAUCUCAACCUUGCUUCUCUCAUCUUCUCUGCAAUAUCUACCACUCCACAUCUUCUGAUCUCUUCAUUCCGUAAUGUCUCUGAUCAGCUCUCCUUCAUCUCUUCUUAUUACGUGUUCAUACCAUCUCAACCUUAAGGGGCUUCGGUGGCCAAGUGGUUAGCGCACUUGCCUUUCACCUCUGAGGCUGCAGGUUCGAGUCUCACUAAGUACCUUCUCGGUGCGACUCGAACCCAGUCCCCAUGUGAAAAGAGUAAAAGUCAACGCUCUGCCGAAAGCCGUGGGUUUUCCCCGGGUACUCCGGUUUCCUCCCACAGGGAAAGUUGACAGGGUGGGUUAGGUAAAAAGGGCCCACAGUAAUUGGCAUAUGCUGUUGUGGUGACCCUGCCCUAGUUGGCAAAGCUAAAUAAAUAAAUAAAAACCUUGCUUCUCUAACCUUUUCUGCAAUGUCUACCACCCCACAUCUUCUGAUCUCUUCAUUCCAUAAUGUCUCUGACCAGUUCUGCUUCAUAUCUUAUUACAUGUCCAUACCAUCUCAACCUUGCUUCCCUCACCUUCUCUGCAAUGUCUACCACCCCACAACUUCUGAUCUCUUCAAUCCAUAAUAUCUCUGACCAGCUCUCCAUCUUUCCUUAUUACGUGUCCAUACCACCCCAAUUUCCUCAUCUUCUCUGCAAUGUCUACCACUCCACAUCUUCUGAUCUCUCCAUUCCAUAAUGUAUCUGACCAGCUCUCCUUCAUCUCUUAUUAUUACAUGUCCAUACCAUCUCAGCCUUGUUCCCUCACCUUCUCUGCAAUGUCUACCACCCCACAUCUUCUGAUCUCUUCAAUCCAUAAUAUCUCUGACCAGCUCUCCAUCUUUUCUUAUUACGUGUCUAUACCACCCCAAUUUCCUCAUCUUCUCUGCAAUGUCUACCACUCCACAUCUUCUGAUCUCUCCAUUCCAUAAUGUAUCUGACCAGCUCUCCUUCAUCUCUUAUUAUUACAUGUCCAUACCAUCUCAGCCUUGUUCCCUCACCUUCUCUGCAAUGUCUACCACCCCACAUCUUCUGAUCUCUUCAAUCCAUAAUAUCUCUGACCAGCUCUCCAUCUUUUCUUAUUACGUGUCUAUACCACCCCAAUUUCCUCAUCUUCUCUGCAAUGUCUACCACUCCACAUCUUCUGAUCUCUCCAUUCCAUAAUGUAUCUGACCAGCUCUCCUUCAUCUCUUAUUAUUACAUGUCCAUACCAUCUCAGCCUUGUUCCCUCACCUUCUCUGCAAUGUCUACCACCCCACAUCUUCUGAUCUCUUCAAUCCAUAAUAUCUCUGACCAGCUCUCCAUCUUUUCUUAUUACGUGUCUAUACCACCCCAAUUUCCUCAUCUUCUCUGCAAUGUCUACCACUCCACAUCUUCUGAUCUCUCCAUUCCAUAAUGUAUCUGACCAGCUCUCCUUCAUCUCUUCUUAUUACGUGUGUCCAUACCAUCUCAGCCUUGUUCCCUCACCUUCUCUGCAAUAUCUAUCACUUCACAUCUUCUGAUCUCUUCAUUCCAUAAUGUCUCUGACCAACUCUUACAACUUAUUACAUGUCCAUAUCAUUCGAUUUCUACCGUCCUAACUCCACUCUGUAGCUCAUCUAAAACUGUACAUAAAUUCUUGUUCGUAAUUCGUACCGACGAAGAACCCAUUUACUAUUGUAUAAGCAAUCUAUUUUUUUGUUUAAGCUUGAACUUGGCAGACUGGAACAAAUUUGUGUUCAGUAUAUUGAAACCUCUAUUAACCAAAGCAACGUUUUGAUGGCCCUGGGGUGUGCAUCUCGCUUGGACCUGACCGCGUUGAAGGUAAAGUUGUAUUUUGAAAGAUAUUUGGCAAGAUAUGCAUGGGAUGACCAUUAGAUGUCAAAUUACAAAAAAGUGAUGCAGAGUAGAAUAAUAUGUUUGUGAUGUUACUCUGAGUGUGGCAAGCUGAAAAAUUUGCUUGGCCACGGUGGGAAUCGAACCCGGGACCUUUGGGAUACUAAUUCAUGAAUGCUCUGCCAACUGAGCUACGCGGUCAAGUCGGUUCAAGAUGAUGAUAUUUCGGAACUGAGUCUAGUUCCUUCGAUGCCAGUGUAUUCUAAGAUAUUCUAAGAUCAAAUAUCAUAUCUUAAAAAACUCAUUAAUAAUUCAGGAGCAAAACACAAAGAAAAAUCAUAAGCGUGUCGUGGUUUUAUAUGUGAUAAAAAAUCAUGUUAAUUUACAUAAACUUUAGCUUUGAUUUUCUCGGUUUAGACAAAGUUUAUUUUAAAAAUUACUUCGCCAACGAACUCGUAUAAGAUGAGUCGUUUUUUAAGCCAUUUAAAGCACUUGUAGUCGUGUUUUAUCACAUAUAAAACACUCCGCUACGCGUCGUGUUUUAUAUGUGAUAAAACACUCCUACUCGUUUAUUAAACAGUACUUAGAAUACACUGCUAUCGAAGGAACUAGACUCAGUUCCGAAAUAUCAUCAACUCGAUAACUGUUGAUAAUUGCAUCCUGGCGCGAAUGCCAAAGCAGAGUAAAUGACGAAGCAAAGGAUUACUGUCUGUUUUAGGAUUACUGUCUGCGUUUCAUCGUGCGUGGUUCAAACUUCAAGACAAUCAUUAUGACCCAACAAUUUGAAACUGUACCAAACCCUUUGAUGGUUGAAAUUGUACGACGUCGUCAUUUUCCUGAGGUGAGUGUUCAUCAUUUGAACCACAGGAGGCCCAGGCUCGAUUUGCCCGCGCCCGCCUGUGCCUUCCUUAUAACGAGGGAAGGACGGAGACAUUGAGACCAAAAUAGCCCAGACUUGGCAUAUGUCACACGAAACUAUCUUCGAUUUUUCGCUUUUAAUGGAUUUCUUUCACGAUUAAUCGAUAUCCCCUGCAAGAAUGAUACCGUAUAACUCUCAAAACAACGAUGCUUUAAUCAAAGAGUUUAAAUUCGCUCUGAAAUCCGUGAGGGAAUAACAAAAUUCGGCCAAAAUAUAUCCGCGUGCCGGGUUUGCUGUGCAAAAAGCGGAAGUCGUUGAACAACUCAAAAUAUACUCAACCCUGAUUGGACAACGAAUAUCAACAAACAUUUCAAAUUUUUUUAACAGUAGGCCUACUGUAAUAAUUUCAAUCAUGCAAUCAAAACUAUUCACAAACGUUAUAAAGUGUAAAUAUUACUGCAUGUAAAUAUAACUGUAGUACGUUAAUAUGUAUAAUAAAUUGUAUUUCACAUUGUGUUUGUUAAAAAAAUUUGAAAUGUUUGUUGAUAUUCGUUGUCCAAUCAGGGUUGAGUGUAUUUUUAGUUGUUCAACGACUUCCGCUUUUUGCACAGCAAACCCGGCACGCGGAUAUAUUUUGGCCGAAUUUUGUUAUUCCCUCACGGAUUUCAGAGCGAAUUUAAACUCUUUGAUUAAAGCAUCGUUGUUUUGAGAGUUAUACGGUAUCAUUCUUGCAGGAGAUAUCGAUUAAUCGUGAAAGAAAUGCAUUAAAAGCGAAAAAUCGAGGAUAGUUUCGUGUGACAUAUGCCAAGUCUGGGCUAUUUUGGUCUCAAUGUCUCCGUCCUUCCCUCGUUAUAAGGAAGGCACAGGCGGGCGCGGGCAAAUCGAGCCUGGGCCUCCUGUGUUUGAACCAAGGUCUGUUAGAGUAAACUAGACUUUAUGAACUAAAUCUAAAGUUUAUAAAUUGGAUAGCUCUAUCAGUUCUAAACUGUUCUUCCUAGAGGUCCAGUAAGGAUCAUCUCUUAUUGAUCCAGUGUUACUACAGGAGGAAACCUUAACUAAACUAACUUUAUUUCUACUGGAUAGCUCUAUCAGUUCUAAACUGUUCUUCCUAGAGGUCCAGUAAGGAUCAUCUCUUACUGAUUCAGUGUUACUACAGGAAGAAACCUAAACUAAACUAACUUUAUUUCUACUGCAUAGUUCUAUCAGUUCUAAACUGUUUUCCUAGAGAUCCAGUAAGGAUCAUCUCUUAUUGAUCCAGUGUUACUACAGCAAGAAGACUAAACUAAACUAACUUUAUUUAUACUGGAUAGCUCUAUCAGUUCUAAACUGUUCUCCCUAGAGGUCCAGUAAGGAUCAUCUCUUAUUGAUCCAGUGUUACUACAGCAAGAAGACUAAACUAAACUAACUUUAUUUAUACUGGAUAGCUCUAUCAGUUCUAAACUGUUCUCCCUGGAGGUCCGGUAAGGAUCAUCUCUUAUUGAUCCAGUGUUACUACAGGACGAAACCUAAACUAUACUAACUUUAUUUAUACUGGACAGCUCUGUUCUCCCUGGAGUUCCAGUAAGGAUCGCCUUUUAUUGACCCAGUGUUACUGCAGGAGGAAACCUAAACUAAGCUUACUUUAUUUAUAAUAGCAAAGUUUCACAAAUAUAUUAGCAUUUCCUACUUACUGCAAUGUGUUCAAAAACAACGUCAAAAUAAUUUUCGAUGCUCACUGAUAAUUAGCUGUGUGAAAAUCUGGAACACAGCAACUGCAUUUUUUGGGACUGCCUAUUUAUUCCAAUUUCAUUUUUUCAAUUCGAUCUUUUUCUAGACAUCUGUUCCUGAACCGCAACACUUAACUGUUCAUUCUGGUAAGCGGCGAUAAUAUUCAGCUCAUCAUGAAGAGAUAGUUUUCAUAUAAGCAGUAAUUCAAAUAUUUAGGUCUCAGCGAGUGAUUUCUCAAGACAGGAAAGGAGUCUUGUUGUAAAAAUAAUAUACCUAUAUAAAUGUCACUCGACUGUGAUUAUUUACAAUCCCAAUUACAUCAGUGCAAAAUUCUGUUACAACAGUGCAAAAAAUAAGCUUAAAGCAGUCCUCAUAAGACGGCCGCAAAUUGCGAAAAUAGUGCGUUUAUGUUUUUAAUGAAAUGGAAAAGACAAAACUUAUCUCUAUCAAUUUUCCAGUGUCUUCUCUGGAAGAUGACUUGAAGACAUUUUGGAAUGACUCAUGUGAUGGAAAUUUGUGUGAUAUUACUAUGGUUGUCGGUGAAACACACAUCAGAUCACACAAGGUAGUUAUAUAUAAUGAUCUCUUCUUUUUUUCCGAUUUCACACUGACAAGUAAAACCAUCUCGUGUUAGCCAGCAAACUAGAAUAAGCCAACUUUUUGUUUAUACUGCAUAGCUUUAUUCAGUAAGGAUCAUUUCUUAUUGAUCAUGCAGUGUUACUACAGGAUGAUCCCUUAACUGAACUAAGUUUAUUUAUUUAUUCUGGAUAGCUCUAUCAGUUCUGAACUGUUCUUCCUAAAGGUCCAGUAACGGUCUUCUCUUAUUGAUCUGGUGUUACUACAGGAGGAAGCCUAAACUAAACUAACUUUAUUUAUACUGGAUAGCUCUAUCAGUUCUAAACUGUUCUUCCUAGAGGUCCAGUAAGGAUCAUCUCUUAUUGAUCCAGUGUUACUACAGGAGGAAACCUAAACUAAACUAACUUUAUUUAUACUGGAUAGCUCUAUCAGUUCUAAACUGUUCUUCCUAGAGGUCCAGUAAAGAUCAUCUCUUAUUGAUCCAAUGUUACUACAGGAGGAAACCUAAACUAAACUAACUUUAUUUAUACUGGAUAUCUUUAUCUGUUCUAAACUGUUCUCCCUAGAGGUCCAGCAAGUUCAAUGUAGUGACAUUUUUUCUCUCGAAUUUCGUUUUAGGCAAUUCUCACAGCGCGUUGUAGGUAAGUCGAAAAUUUGUCAAACUUCAAUUUAAACACGAACUUUUAAAGUCUCAUACAGAAAUGUAAGUUUUUAUAACAAAUUUUAUUUGCUCGUGUUUACGGCAAAAAAUAGACAAAUCGUCCUAGCCAAAGAUCCUUGUUCCAAAGCUAGCCACCCCAGCUUUUGGACCAGGAAAAUUUGUUAUCGUGUGUACAGCCGCCAAGGAUAACUUGACAAGUGUACAAAAAAUACUUCUGUUGUCUUAGCAAAGAAAAGGUAUCCUCUUAAUUCUUUGCUUGUACAUGACACUACUACGUGUCAUAGGGGAAAAAAAUAUGUGGGUUUCCCGACCCUACCUAGCUUUUGGACGUCGAAAUCCCGACCCUAAACUUUUUUCUUGGAUCAUGCUUGUCAGUGUUUCCACUUAGAGGAAAAAGUUUGUGGAAAAUUGAAAUUUGAGGCAAUAUUAGGGAAAUUUAUCUUUGGAUGUGGAAGCAAUGACUAAACAAAAUGGCGUCCGCUUGUUCGGAAAAUUAAAAAAAAAAGUUUAAAAAAAAAAGUUAAAACCGACCUACCCUACCUAAGUUUUUAUAAGAAGAAACCGGAAAACCACAUAUUUUUUUUGGCCUAGGCGCCAUCUUGGUUGAUUUUAAAGUUUUGUCCAGCCGUUUACAUCGAAAUAGUUGAGUUACUUUAAUUGUUUUGAAAACAUCUUACUGUAUUACGGAUAGUUUACGAUUUCUGGCACAAUACGACAAAGAAUAGACAGUAUAGAUUUUUAGGGGCACGUAUGUUUUUGAAAAUCAACCAAGAUAGCGUCGAUUGCCGAGCAAUAGUGGCUGGACUGUAAUAGAUAAUUACGGUUCAGCUUGCCUCAUAAUUGGUCUCUAUUUCAUUUCCACAAAUGUCUAGUAAGCAAGUUGUGUAUCACGCUUAUUUUCUUUUUUUAGUUACUUUGAGGCGAUGUUCAGAUCUUUUAUGCCAGAAGCUGGACUUGUACGG